GAUUCCGGAAGAGGCUGAAGAGUGGCGGCGGCUGUUUCUGCGUUGGCGAUAAGUGUUUCUUCGUUAUCAGAGGGGUCAGAUAAACGGAAGCGUCAUGGUCGAGGAAGUACAGAAACAUUCUGUGCACACACUUGUGUUCAGGUCACUGAAGAGAACCCAUGACAUGUUUGUAGCUGAUAAUGGAAAACCUGUGCCUUUGGAUGAAGAGAGUCACAAACGAAAAAUGGCAAUCAAGCUCCGUAAUGAGUACGGUCCUGUGUUGCAUAUGCCUACUUCAAAAGAAAAUCUUAAAGAGAAAGGCCCUCAGAAUGCAACGGAUUCAUACGGUCAUAAACAAUAUCCUGCCAAUCAAGGACAAGAAGUUGAGUAUUUGGUUACAGGUACACAUCCAUAUCCACCAGGACCUGGAGUUGCUUUGACAGCGGAUACUAAGGUCCAAAGAAUGCCCAGCGAAUCAGCUGCACAGUCCUUGGCAGUGGCAUUACCUUCUUCCCAGGCCAGAGUUGAGGGAAAUCGUACUGCACCUGGUGGAACUGAAUAUCGACAUCCUGGGGCUUCUGACCGUUCACAACCUACAGUGAUGAAUUCAAUGGUUAUGGAAACUGGCAAUACUAAGAACUCUGCGCUGAUGGCCAAAAAAGCACCUACAAUGCCAAAACCCCAGUGGCACCCACCAUGGAAACUCUAUAGGGUUAUCAGUGGGCAUCUUGGUUGGGUUCGAUGUAUUGCUGUGGAACCUGGAAAUCAGUGGUUUGUUACUGGAUCUGCUGAUAGAACUAUAAAGAUCUGGGACCUGGCCAGUGGCAAGUUAAAACUCUCGUUGACCGGACAUAUCAGUACAGUGCGAGGUGUGAUAGUAAGCACAAGGAGCCCAUACCUGUUUUCUUGUGGAGAAGACAAACAAGUAAAAUGCUGGGAUCUUGAAUAUAAUAAGGUUAUAAGGCAUUAUCAUGGACAUCUGAGUGCAGUAUAUGGUUUGGAUUUGCAUCCAACAAUCGAUGUGCUGGUAACCUGUAGUCGAGAUUCAACUGCCCGGAUUUGGGAUGUGAGAACUAAAGCCAGUGUACACACAUUAUCUGGACAUACAAAUGCAGUUGCUACAGUGAGGUGUCAAGCUGCAGAACCACAAAUUAUUACUGGAAGCCAUGACACUACAAUACGAUUAUGGGAUCUGGUGGCUGGAAAGACAAGAGUGACAUUAACAAAUCAUAAGAAAUCAGUCAGGGCUGUGGUUUUACAUCCACGACAUUACACAUUUGCAUCUGGUUCUCCAGAUAACAUAAAGCAGUGGAAAUUCCCUGAUGGAAGUUUUAUUCAAAAUCUUUCUGGUCAUAAUGCUAUUAUUAACACAUUGACAGUAAAUUCCGAUGGAGUGCUUGUAUCUGGAGCUGACAAUGGCACUAUGCAUCUUUGGGAUUGGAGAACUGGCUACAAUUUUCAGAGAGUUCAUGCAGCUGUGCAGCCUGGGUCUUUGGACAGUGAAUCAGGAAUAUUUGCUUGUGCUUUUGAUCAGUCUGAAAGUCGAUUAUUAACAGCUGAAGCUGAUAAAACCAUUAAAGUGUACAGAGAGGAUGAUACGGCAACAGAAGAAACUCAUCCAGUCAGCUGGAAACCAGAAAUUAUCAAGCGAAAGAGAUUUUAAUGUGGCAUUGUCUUCAUGGUGGUUUUUUUUUUUUUUUUUAAGCUUGGCAUUGAUGAGGAUGUCGGUCAUUUUGUGUUCUGGCGGGAAUAUAAAGCAGAAACUCAUUUACUGGAAUCAUUGCUGCUUAAUAUUUUACAAUAAACUGUCCCCUAUGCCCCCCCC